AUGAGCUCGACAACAAGCAGGCGCUCCAAGCCGCCUCCCUAUGAAGCCCAUGAGCCGCCAAAGCCGCCAGCACGGCGCUGGUGGCAGCUCGACCGCGCCGAACGCGACCUCCUCGCCCUGUCAUCCGCCUCAAAGGUGCUGCUGUUUCCAGCGUAUCGCUCAACCGACUUUGAGGUCCACCGCAACUGGCUGGCGGUGACACACUCGCUGCCGCUGAGUCGAUGGUACUACGACACGACGUCGGAGUGGACGCUCGACUAUCCUCCCUUCUUCGCCUUCUUCGAGCGCUUCCUCUCGUCCUUCGCCUACAUCGUCGACCCCGAGAUCGUGCGAUUAGACAACCUGGGCUACUCGGGCGGGGCGGUCGUCGCGUUUCAGCGGACGACGGUGAUCGUGUCGGAACUCGUCCUCGCGCUCGCUGUCUUCCGAUGGGCACGAACGUCGCAGAAGCCCGACUAUCCGACAGCUUCCGUCAUCGCCACCUCCGUACUCUUCCACCCAGGCCUCCUCAUCGUCGACCACACCCACUUCCAGUACAACGGCUUCCUCCUCGGCAUACUUCUUUGGUCUCUGAUUGCCGCGCGGGAUAACAACCUCUACGUUUGCGCCGCACUCUUCGCGACGCUCCUCAACUUCAAGCACAUCUUCAUCUACCUUGCCUUGCCCUAUUUCGUCUUUCUGCUGCGAAGACACUGCUAUCCGCCGGGCGGCAAGUUCCAGAUCGAUCGCGUCGUCGAGCUCGGUCUCAUUGUCGCCUCCAUUUGCACCAUUUCGUUCGGUCCCUUCGUGGUCGCAGGCGGCUUCUCCCAGCUUCGCCAGAUCUUCUCGCGCCUCUUCCCUUUCCAGCGCGGAUUGAAUCAUGCGUACUGGGCGGGGAACGUGUGGGCGCUUGUGAGCACCAUGGAUAGGGUGCUCGUCAAGUACCUCGUCGCACGAGGAUGGCCCAUCUCGACCGAAGCGCUCACCUCCUCUUCCCGCGGCCUCAUCGGCUCAACAACCUUCGGCGUCCUCCCCAACAUCACCCCUCGCCAUACCUUCGUCCUCACCUUUGGGUUCACCUCCGUCUUCCUCGUCAAACUCUGGUUCGACCCGUCGUACAGGCGCUUCCUCAAUUCGGUCGUGUUGGCGGCCUUGACGAGCUUUCUGUGGGGAUGGCAUGUGCAUGAGAAGGCGGUCUUGCUCUUCCUCGUCCCGCUCAGCUUGACCGCGACGGACGACGACAACCACUACCGGGCUUUCCUCAUCGCGACGACCGCGGGCAUCUACGGCCUCUUUCCGUUACUGAUCAAGCCAGCCGAAACGCCCAUCAAGAUCCUCUUCACGCUGUUGUGGUCGGCCUUUGUCCUCCCGCAGCUGCGCAAGGUCGUCUAUCGUCCGCUGCCCAACCUCUUCACAAUGCUCAUCGACAAAGCCGAGACGCUCUACCUCUACGGCUUUGUCUUCGUGCAGAUCUACACGACCUUCCUCCACUCCCUCCUCUUCCCCUCCGCGCCAGCCGCUUCCUCCGUCCCCGGCGUUAUUAUCUGCUCCGCCUCAGCCGUCGCGAAUGGCACCUGUGUCGACCCGGCAAUCGCACAGCAGGCGAUGGAGGUCAGCGAGGCGAGCAUGGAGUUCCUGCCACUCAUGCUGACGAGCGUGUAUUGCGCGGUUGGGAUCGUGUGGAGUUGGCUGAGGCUGAGCUGGGGGUUCAUGACGAGCUAG